GAAGAAGCUGCUGAGGAAGCUGAAGAAUCAUUAGAAGUAGUUCAAGAUAUAGAUAUUUUAGAGAGCAUUUUCUCAUUCAGGGAAUAUAAGAAAGAAGCUGCCAAAGAAGCUAUUGAAACUAACAAUGAUAUUUAUGAAAUCGGCAAUAUUAAAGCAAUUGAGACUGAUAAAACUGAGAGUAAUAAUAUGGAUGAAAAUGAUAGUAUAGAUGAAAAUAACAAAAUGGAUGAGAAUGAAAAUAUGGAUGAAAAUAAUAAUAUGGAUGAGAAUUUUAAAAAGAUCUUCAUAUGCACUAGUUGCUAUGUAAUAUAG